CCGUAAUGAAGUUGUAAUGAGCUCGGAUAAAAAUACGUGAUGUUCUGUUCUUGGGUCUUCCCCACUUAUGAAUUGUUGCAAUCAUGGUCGUCAAUCGCGUAUUCACAUCCAAAUACAAACAACUCCAAUGAAGCCGAUUUCUUACAUCCGAGAUAAUAGCGUUUAAAUUAUUCAGUAUUUGGAAACCGAGGUUCUCGUCCACACGGCAAAUCGGACAAAAAUUCUACAUUUAAACAUCUUAUAUAAAUUAUUUCAUAAUUCGUUGGCUGUAGCCGGUUUGAAAGGUUUCAAGGUUCGCGUCUGCCUAAAUUAACUAAAAUCAUUUUUCGAGUUUCAUCGGCUGAUCGACGAGGAGUCUUGGGAUUGUCGUUUGCAAGAGCUACCCAAAGAUGUUGAUCGCCAUCGCCAUCGCCUGCUUCCUGGCGGCCUGCACGCCUGGCUAUGCUCAAGAUCCUAUAGAUCCUAUAGGAGCCGAUCUGCAGAGCCUAAUAAACCAAGUUUUCACCCCAAAGCCGCCAGCGGGCACGCCCGAACCGCCGCCUAGCACGUCCGCUCCGCCUGAUCCCCCAAUGCCUACCACCGCACAGCCGGUCAUAGAAAGCCACGGAGGCGGCGCCGAAGAUUGCGAAUGCGUGCCCUAUUACCAGUGUAAAAACGGAACAAUCAUCAAAAACGGAGAAGGCAUCAUCGAUAUAAGGAUAAACGAUGGUCCCUGCGACACGUACAUCGACAUAUGCUGUAAAGUUAGCGACAGGGUGAUAGAUCCCAUAACCCCUCCGCCGACGAAGGCGCCCAAAGGGUGCGGCUACAGGCACUCGGACGGCACCGGUUUGAGGAUAACGGGCGACAAAAACGGCGAGGCCCAAUUCGGCGAGUUCCCCUGGAUGGUGGCGUUGCUGAGGGAGGAAGAGAUCGAAGGCAACCCCAUCAAACUGAACGUCUACCAAUGCGGCGGGGCCCUGAUCGGCCCGCGCGCCGUCCUCACGGCCGCCCAUUGCGUGGCGAAGAAGAACAAGAGCUUCAAAGUGCGCAUCGGCGAAUGGGACACGCAGCACGAGAAAGAGAUCUACCCGUACCAAGACAGGGACGUGGUGUCGAUGGAAAUCCACCCGAACUACUACGCCGGCGCCCUCUACAACGACGUAGCGCUGCUGAUACUAAACGCGCCCGUCGAAGCCGCGCCUCACAUAGGCUUCGUGUGCCUGCCCGAGCAGGGCAAGCUCUUCGACUCGGGCAGGGGCUUCGCGACGGGCUGGGGCAAGGACCAGUUCGGCAAGAAGGGCACCUACCAAGUCAUACUGAAGAAGAUCGAGUUGCCGGUGGUGAGGUCCGACGUGUGCCAGGACAAGUUGCGCACCACGCGGCUGGGGCGGUUCUUCGAGCUGCACCAGAGCUUCAUCUGCGCCGGCGGGGAGCCCGGGAAGGACACGUGCAAAGGGGACGGCGGCAGCCCGUUCGUGCUGCCGGAGUCGCCUGACAGCGAUAGGUACGUCCAGGCGGGUAUCGUCGCUUGGGGCAUCGGCUGCGGCGAGAACGGGAUACCUGGGGUGUACGUCAACGUGGCGAUGUUCAGAGACUGGAUUGACGAGAAAAUGCGCCACCACCUUCUCGACACGACUACUUAUCAAUAUUGAGAUAUGUUCUUUUUAAUACUAUUUGUUUUUUAUAAGCCAGAUUUUAAUAAAAAUGUACAGUUUUUACAUUAAAAAGGCUCUUUCAUACAAUUCAGAUACAAUAAAAAAAUAAGUUAAGAAUAUUAACAA